AGAUUUAAAAUGGGGAAAGUCUAGUUAUGUAGUAAGUGCUAAAUGAUCAGAGAUAAUGUAAUAACAAACUAUAGUAUCUUGAUGGUGAUUAUACCGACCCACCACCUACCCCGUUUUUCAAUCAAUAUUAGAAUUAUUUCCUACUUACUAAGUAAACAACGUUAUAGGCGAUUAACCUAAAUUACAGCGAAACCAAUCAAAAAUCAAUUAUCAAGUUAUAACCGGAAAUCCAAAUUAGACUGUAGUUGCAAGAAUUUUUGCGAACAGUCCGCCGGUUAUUUUUACAUGGAUUCAAUGGGAUUAUUAUUGCAAAUAAUAUUCCAAAAAUACUUGAGUCAAAGUUACUGUAUAAACAUAGUUUCAGAACUGAAUAUUUACUUUCCAAGUAAUACAACCAGUGUAAGGUUUGGAAACAUAGAUUCAGAUAAUAUUUUAGCCACUUUGGAUAUGGGAUGUUCGGACUUUGUAAUACAAGUGGACGAACCAAUCCAGUUCGUAAGAGUCCUAGAAAAAGUGCUAUUUCUAAGCAACACAAGACGUAGCGACAGAAAGUAUAUUUUUGUACCAAGACGUUUGGACGAUGCUGAUAAACUAUUAGCUGUACUACAAACUGAAAUUUUCGCUCACAUACCAAACGUUAUACUAAUAGUACAAACAAACGAAAAAGCGGAAGCAAACGAAGAUUGUGAGAAAUACGACAUAGUAACACAUAAAUUCGUGGGUCCUAAUGAAGAAGGGGUAAAAACACCAAUCGUUUUAGACCAUUGGGAUUCUUGCAGCAAAGAUUUUGAAAUAAAUGCAAAUCUCUUUCCACAUGACAUGGCGAACAUGGGAGGGAGGAUAACUAAAGUAGCUUGCUUUAAUUAUAACCCUUUUGUUAUACUUAAUCUCGAUGAGCAGGUCGCUCGGAAUAGAAGGGAUGGUUUAGACAUGAGGAUUGUCGAAGAUUUUUGCAGUUGGAUAAACUGCACGUUAGAAGUGGUGGAUGCCGGAAAAUUUGGCAUUGUUCACCCAAACGCGACAGGCACAGGGGUCAUAGGUGCUGUUGCCAUGGGGAAAGCAGAUUUUGGCAUAAGCUGCUAUCUCGCUGGGAGCUACCGAUUCUAGCGUUCAGCAUCCCUCUUUGGCUGGUGACAUUCUUCUCUAUGUUCUACUCUUGGCUAGCUCUGGUCUUGGCACAAAAUGGCUCCACCAAAAACGCAUGGCUCAAUAUAU